CAAAAGGGUAGAUCUUUAAAACACAUAAUCGAGAAUCGACCUUUGUUUGAAAAUAAAACUGCAGAAGCUGAUUUGGGAGGAUCAUUUCAAGUACGCACACCUGAAAAUUUAGUUAGUGGUUUUGAAAAACUUGAUUUAGUACAUGAUACUCCAUUUGUUCGUCCAGCCAUUAAGACUCACAAUGAUAGUGAUUUAGAAACUCCAAGUGACACACUAACUAAUUUUAAAAAUGUAAGAUCUAAUAUUGCAUCAAGUACCAAACGAUCGUUAUACAGUAAUAAAGAAAAUUUACCAGAACAAAUAAAAGAAUUAAAAACUCCUGAAACCCAAAAAUUAAACCAAAUUAAUACUAGUUCGCCGUCACUCACUAUCAAAGAAACUGCAAAUAAAUCAUCAGAAAGUGUGAAAGAUGAUACAUGUUACGURUCACCUGAAACUUCAAGAUAUAACUAUGAUACCAGUUUGUAUCAUAGUAUUAGAGAAACAACWGUCAUUCCAGAAACAUCACAUUCAUCUUUUAUCAGAAAUUCUAAUUCGUUUAUCAAUAAUUCUUUAACAACUAAGCAAUUAGAAUGUCAACCUCUAGAUGAUCAAUCUAAACAUUCUACCCUUGAACUGUCUCCUGCAGCAAAUCGUAACAACUUUGUGAUACGAGCUCGAUCUCCUAUUCGUCAUGUUCCAGUUGGAUUUGUUCAAGAUGGAGAAUUUAAACGRCCAAUUAAUUCAUCAAGUAGUGUAUGUGUUAAAUGUGCUAAUGAAAACUAUUUAUCUGUUAAAGGAGUUAAUUAUAGUAUACUUAAUACUCUUGGUCAUGGUGGAUCUAGUAUUGUGUAUGAGGUUUUGCAUCCAGACACAAAUCAAGUGGUAGCAAUAAAAAAGGUAGAUUUAUCUGAAGUUGAAGAUAUUAUAGCCAAAGGAUAUUUAAAUGAAGUUAAUUUGCUACAAAACCUGCAAUCAUGUGAAAGUGUCAUACACCUUUUUGACAGUCAAUAUACUACUAAAGAAAAGAUACUCUACAUGGUAAUGGAAAAAGGUGAUACAGAUCUUUCAAAACUCAUCCGUAACACAAAACAUAUGUCUGUACAUAUGAUAAUGUACUAUUGGUCAGAAAUGUUGAUUAUUGUGAAUGAAAUACAUGCUAAAGGUGUUAUACAUUCAGAUCUCAAACCUGCAAAUUUUCUUCUGGUUAGUGGUCGUUUAAAAUUGAUAGAUUUUGGUAUUGCAUCAAAAAUUCAAGGAGACAUGACAAGUGUAUUGAAAGAUGUGACUACUGGAACUUGGAAUUAUAUGAGUCCAGAAUGUAUUAGAAGUGGUGGCUCAAAUUUUCAAGGCCAUAAAAUAAACCAAAAAUCGGAUGUGUGGUCACUAGGAUGCAUAUUGUAUAGUUUAAUUUAUGGUAAGACUCCUUAUUCACAUUUGACAAACACUUGGCAAAAGUUACAAGCCAUUGCAGAAUCUACACAAAAUAUUAGUUUUCCGAGUCACAGYAAAACAUUUACUCAGGGUAUACCACCUGUACUAAUGCAAACAAUGAAGUUAUGUUUAAUUAAAGAUGUGAAAGCCAGACCUAAUGUUGUUGAUUUGCUGAAGCUUAUUGAAAAUACAGUAUUCAAACCUAUGACUUAAGUACUUUUUUAAUAUAAUAUGUACUCUAAURUUGUAUUUAUAAUUUGUUUUGUCAUUUCAUACAUGUUUUUAAAAUGUAUUUAUUACUUUGAGUAUUGAUAAACAUGCAAUACUUAAAUAAGUUGUGGUGUAAUUGUAUAAAUAAUAUAUAUAAUUGUUGUAUCUUAAU